CCGAGAGAUUGUGGAGGAUGCAGGGUUGCCUCAGGAAAGACCCGUAGAACGGACCUGACGGGAAGAGCGUCUGUGUCGGUAUUCGCAUGCGCACAUUUUUGAGCUUGCGCCGAGCUAUGGUCCAUUGGUUGAACUGAUGAACCCGUGAGACCUGCGACAUAAGCCUUAAUACAAUUAGAGGGAAAUAAACCCUACUAAUUUCAGAGGAAUUUGCUUCUGACAAGAAGAAUAGAGUGAAGUGGCCAUGGCCAACCGAUAUGAUUCCAUUAGUGCUCCAGCUUGCAAUGGGAUCUCAAAACCUGAAAAGAAAACCAACUCCUUAGUAGCAGAAGGCCACGGGCAGCAAAUCUUAAAUGUUCUGCAAAGCUUCAGAGAUCAAAACAUCUUUUUUGACUUUAAAAUACUUGUGAAAGAUGAAAUAAUCCCAUGCCAUCGUUGUGUACUAGCCGCAAGCAGUGACUUUUUCAGGGCCAUGUUUGAAGUUAAUAUGAAAGAAAGAGAUGACGAGAGUGUUACUAUUAGUAAUUUAUCACCCACAGCAGUGAAGGCUUUUCUAGAUUAUGCCUACACUGGAAGGACAGAGAUAACAAAUGAUAAUGUAGAAAUGUUCUUCCAGCUCUCAUCCUUCCUCCAAGUUUCUCUUCUUUCCAAAGCUUGCAGUGACUUUCUAAUUAAGAGCAUUGAUCUUGUCAACUGCUUGCAGCUGCUGUCCAUAUCUGAAAGUUAUGGCUCCACUCAGUUGUUCAGCCAUGCACUAGAUUUUGCACACCACCAUUUUUCCUUACUGCUCCGAACAAACGAUUUCUUGGAAAUGAAUUUUGAAAUCUUGCAAAAAUGUCUAGAAGCUGAUGUGUUGAAUGUCCCAGAUGAGGAAUAUGUGUUGAAAGCUGUCUUUCGGUGGACAAAGCAUAAUUUAGAAGCAAGACAGAAGUACCUUCCCCACUUGAUGAAAGCAGUAAAAUUACAUCAGUUGUCUGAGGAGGUAUUGCAGAACUUCUUAUACUCUGAAGAACAGUUGCUUGAAAGCACCAGCUGCAUAGUAAUGGUCAAGGAGGCAAUCAAAUGUGUGCAGAGUUCCAGUGGGUUGUUUCCAGAUGCUCGGCCAUCAACUACAGAGAAGUACAUACUGGUUCACAAAACUGAGGAAAAUGGUGUAUUACAACAUACAUUUUGCUAUAACAUUAAAACUGAUAAAUGGAAAGAACUAAUGCACACUCAGAUAAUUGAUCUUCCAGGAUCAAGUUUGUCUAGUUAUGGUGAAAAAAUAUUUAUAACUGGUGGAUGCAAAGGGAAAUGUUGCCGGACAAUUAGACUUCAUAUUGGUGAAAAAUUUCAUGAUGCUACCAACCAAACCUGGUGUUACAGUCCAGCAAGUGACAGCAUCUCUUUAGUAUCUCCUAUGAAGAAGCCAAGAACGAUGCACACAUCUGUUGUGACCCUAAAUCAGUUGUUUGUAAUAGGGGGAAAGACGAGGGCAUCUCAGGGUAUCCAAAGCCUUUUGGAUGUGGAAGCAUUUAGUCCUCUCUCUAGAGAAUGGAAAUCGGUGAGUCCGUUACCAAGAGGCAUAUAUUACCCCGAAGCAAGUGCAUGUCAAAGUACAAUUUAUGUACUUGGUUCUAAAGUAGAAAUGACUGAUGCUUUUAAUCCAUCUCUUGAUUGUUUCUUUAAGUAUAAUGCUGCAACUGAUCAGUGGUCUGAGUUGGUAGCCGAAUUUGGGCAAUUCUUUCAUGCAACCUUAAUCAAAGCUGUUCCAGUGAACUGCACACUGUACAUCUGUGACCUUUCCACCUACAAAGUUUAUAGCUUUUGUCCAGAUACUUGUGUCUGGAAAGGGGAAGGCUCUUUUGAAUGUGCUGGUUUUAAUGCAGGAGCAGUUGGAAUAGAAGAUAAAAUUUACAUCCUUGGAGGCGAUUACGCUCCCGAUGAAAUCACCGAUGAAGUGCAAGUCUACCACAGCAGUAGGUCUGAGUGGGAGGAAGUUUCACCUAUGCCAAGAGCCUUAACUGAAUUUUAUUGUCAGGUGAUUUGGUUUAAUAAAUAUAGGGAUCCAUGGUCAUUUACAGUAGUAAAAUAAUACAAUUUAUUGAUUAUAGUCAACUUCAUAAUACUUGAAGAUUAUUUCUUUUUAAUUUGAGGGAUACUGAAAAUUGGGGCCACAAUCUCCCAAGCACUGUUUUCAUUGAAUCUACAUUAAGUUCAGUAGUGGAGCAAAGUUUGCUGACUGCAACCAUUAUCAUCCAAAUAUAUUAAAAUAGCUGCCGCGUGUUGUAUGAAUUGCUCAUUUCAUUAAAGAACCACAGGUUGCAUUCAAAGGUUCUGUUUCACUAGUGGUAGAGCCUUUGUACAACAGAUGAUGACUUCUGCUAGUGGAACAUGCCUCUUCUGCUAAACUAUGGCUUCAUGUGUUGGUGACUGGUAGAAGGCUGUCCGCAUUAUAGGAUGGUUCCACCAUUAGCAGAAUGGAAGUUCUGCUUCAAGGACAUGGCAAGGGAUCAAAGAACUUCAACAGUCUGAAAACCCACCUUUUUGAAUGGCUGUUGAACUGGAUUAAUAACACUAUGCUAAGUAGGGUUGCCAGGU